GAUGCAAAUAACGUCACAGUACUGCUGGAGGUUCCACUGCUGUACUUUGAACGUCUGCUUUCUAUCUAGGUAUCGACUUAUUACAUCAAAUUUUCCUUUCAUCUUCAUCUAUUCUGCGCAUCAACCUCCACGCGCAUUCAUUUCUUCAUCUCACUUUUUAUCAUUCGAUUUCGCGUUUUCACUAUGGCUAACAAGAGAAAUAACGAUACUGAGGAGACUAGACGCCUUUUCAGCGGCGACUCGUCUUCUAGUUACUCAGUGGAGGAGGAGGAGGAGGAGGAGGGGCCAGAAGAAGAGGCAAAUCUACCCGAAAAUCGAAUUGUAAACGAGUUUGCUCUGUUGUCAUGCGAGUGUGUGGCUCAAGCUCCACUCAAUGACCGAGAUCUUCCACGAGUGCAACCACCCGGUCUCGAGAAUCUGCAGUUCGUCGACAGCUCAGGAAGAAGCAUAUUGAAACGAAUCCGCUGCAGUCGAGCUGUAUGCAGUUUCACUGCUCUUUUCGCGUUCAUCAAGGGAAUAUUUCCGAUUGUUUAUUGGCUACCGCGGUAUCAGAUACGGAGCAAUGCCAUACUUGAUUUAGCAGCCGGUUUGACCCUGGGUGUCAUGUUGAUCCCUCAGGGUAUGGCAUAUGCCUUUCUGGCUGAUAUUCCGCCGGUAUACGGGCUCUACACGUGUCUUUUUCCUUCCAUUGUUUAUUUGUUAAUGGGAACAUCAAGGCAAAUGUCGGUCGGAGCAUUCUCGCUUGUUUCGAUCCUCACUAGUCAAGCUAUUAGAGAUUAUACUGCAACACUGGGUAAGGUGCAUCAAAUCAAUGGAACAUCUGGGAUGAAUGCAACUGAAAAAGGAAGCGGUGACGUAAUUCUUUAUGCAACGACUCUUAGUUUUCUUGUUGGCAUUCUUCAGAUUGUAAUGGCUGUGUGUCGUCUUGGGUUUCUUGCUUCGUACUUGUCAGAUGCACUAAUAAGUGGGUUCACAACUGGAGCUGCUAUUCAAAUUGUUACAAGCCAAGUGAGCUCAGUUUUUGGAUUUAACAGUGAUAUGAUGCCAAGUGGAAUUUUUAAAGUUCCAAAGAUUUGGAUCUACUUGUUUGAGCAUUUUACUGAUAUUAACGUUGCUUGUUUUAUUAUUGCUCUAGCCAGCGGUAUUGUUCUGAUUUCAUGCAAGGUCUUGAGCUUGCAACUACAGCUAAAGUUUCCAGUUCCAGGCGAAUUACUUGUUGUUGCUUUUGGCACUGCGCUUUCAUGGGCAUUUGAUUUUAAGAACCAAUUUAACGUGCCGGUACUGAAUGACAUUCCAAGUGGGUUGCCAACACCAAAAGUACCACCUUUGUCUGCGACUCUUGUUAAGAAUUUUGCCGAAUCAACAUUUGUGAUUUCAUUGAUCAGUUAUGCUGUGUCAGUCUCCAUUGCAUUGACGUUUGCUAAUAAAUUUUCGUAUUCGGUGCGACCUAAUCAAGAACUGCUGGCACUAGGAGUCGUCAACUUUGUGUCGUCAUUCUUUAGCUGCUUUCCAUCCAGUGGAUCAUUGUCUAGAUCAUCUGUUGUGGCAAAUACAAAAGGAAAGACUCUGUUGUCAACAUUUAUUGGCAGUUUGGUUGUUCUUGUGGUGGUUGUUGCUUUGGCACAGUUAUUCAAGACAUUACCUAAAGCGGUUUUGGGUGCAAUUAUUGUUAUUGCUCUAAAAGGCCUUUUUACUCAGUUUGCCGAUGUGAAACGGUUGUGGAAGGUGAAGAAGGCUGAUUGCUUUGUAUGGUUCUCAACAUUUCUUGGUGUUGUCAUUCUCAACAUCACUUACGGGCUGCUUGUAGGUUUGGGAGCGACCAUUAUUGUUAUGUUCUUUACUAUGUCAAUGCCAGUGUGUGAGAUUUUGGAACGAGUUGAUGUAUCACAAGGAGUGACAUACAUUCCAGUGAGAAGAAACAAACAAUAUAUCAGUUCUGAACGAUUUGACGUCGAGUUAUCUACCAGUGCAGCUUCUGUUGAUAUGUCAUUGAUUAAGGUGUUUCGAAUCCACGGACCUCUUGUAUACUUUAAUCACUCGUACAUUUUUUCUAAACUUUCUGAACUCGUUUGUCCACCUAGCAGCUCUGAAUCAUCUGAAGUCGAAGUGAUGAUUACAAAAGAUGUUCUAGUUAAGGGAAUCAUCUUGGAAGCAAGCACAUUAACUAGUGUUGACUCUGCUGGUGUUGCUGCUUUGGUAACAACCAUUUUAGCAUAUGAAAAGUGUGGAGUGUUCUUUGUACUUGCAAAUUGUAAUGCAUCAGUAAAGAAUGUUCUUUUGAGAAGUGGAUUCCAGGCUAAGUUUGGGCACAAGCACUUACUUUUCAAGACAACUAACGAUGCAGUGAGAUACAUAGGAAAUACUGAGAAUUAUGUGUUAACAAGUGAUGGAGAUCGGAAUCGAGUGCUGGAUAGCAUGACAAGAAUCAGCGGUAGGAGGAACAGAAGUAUAGCGAGGAGCAGAGGUAGGAUGGAUGAAAUGAACAGCAUGGUGUCUGACUCUGCAUCUGAUCAGUAGAUUGAAUGCGUGAAACAAUUAAAACUAUUGAAAGAACUCUGUGGUCAUGUAUGUAGACAUACUGGUAGUUGUAUACAUAUUUCUUAAGUAAUUAACGUAGAGUUGUGGUGGCCAUUGAGCUUUGUACAUGUACAUAUAUUUACAUAUCCAUCCUGCAUAUCCAUAUAGUUAGUGUUAUUUAGAUAUCAUGGUCUUCAUGCAAGGCUGUC